CCCACUCCCUCCUUCAACUUACAGUGCCUGAAGACUCUUGCAGGAGAGCUGAGGACCCAAAACAAACUGGCCUUGAGACAUGCGUCUCAUCCCCCUCCUCCUGGUGACCCUGUUCUGUGGGGUGGAGGGCUCCAUCUACCUCCCUCAGAAGCUCUAUGGAGAGGUGACCUCCCCUCUGUAUCCCAAGCCUUACCCCAGUGACUUGGAGACGACCACCGUGAUCACUGUCCCCACGGGGUACAGGGUGAAGCUGGUCUUCUGGCAGUUUGAUGUGGAGCCUUCUGAAGGCUGUUUCUAUGACUACGUCAAGAUUUCUGCUGAUAAGAAAACUCUGGGGAGGUUCUGUGGGCAGCAGGAUUCUCCUCAGGGCAACCCCCCAGGAAGGAAGGAAUUCAUGUCCCAAGGAAACAAGAUGCUGCUGACCUUUCACACAGACUUCUCCAACGAGGAGAAUGGGACCAUCAUGUUCUACAAGGGCUUCCUGGCCUACUACCAGGCUGUGGACCUUGAUGAAUGUACGUCCCAGCCCAACUCAGUGGAGGAGGGUUUGCAGCCCCGAUGCCAACACCUGUGCCACAACUAUGUUGGAGGUUACUUCUGUUCCUGCCGUCCUGGCUACGAGCUUCAGAAAGACAGGCAAUCCUGCCAGGCCGAGUGCAGCAGUGGGCUCUACACGGAGCCCUCGGGCUACAUCUCCAGCCUCGAGUACCCGAAGCCCUAUCCACCCGAUCUGCGCUGUAACUACAGCAUCCGGGUAGAGAGGGGCCUCACUGUGCACCUCAAGUUCCUGGAUCCUUUUGAAAUUGAUGACCACCAGCAAGUACACUGCCCCUAUGACCAGCUCCAGAUCUACGCUAAUGGGAAGAACUUGGGUGAAUUCUGUGGAACGCAAAGGCCUCCAGACCUUGACACCAGCAGCAACGCCGUGGAUCUGCUGUUCUUCACGGAUGAGUCCGGGGACAGCCGAGGCUGGAAGCUUCGCUACACCACUGAAAUCAUCAAGUGCCCCCAACCCAAGGCCCUGGAUGAGUUCACCAUCAUCCAGGAUCCACAGCCUCAGUACCAGUUCCGGGAUUACUUCAUUGUCACCUGCAAACAAGGCUACCAGCUCAUGGAGGGAAGUCAGGCGCUGCUCUCCUUCACGGCUGUUUGCCAGCAUGAUGGCACGUGGCACCGUGCCAUGCCCAGGUGCAAGAUCAAGGACUGUGGACAGCCCCGCAGCCUGUCUAAUGGGGACUUCCGCUACCUCACCACAAGAGGCGUGAACACCUAUGAAGCCAGGAUCCAGUAUUACUGCCAUGACCCAUAUUACAAGAUGAUGACCAGAGCUGGCAGCAGCGAGUCCGUACGAGGGAUAUAUACCUGCACACCCCAAGGCAUUUGGAAGAACGAAGAGGAAGGAGAGAAAAUGCCCCGGUGUCUGCCAGUAUGUGGGAAGCCUGUCAACCCCGUGACACAGAAGCAGCGCAUCAUCGGAGGGCAGAAAGCCAAUCCGGGCAACUUCCCCUGGCAGGCAUUCACCAAUAUCCACGGGCGAGGGGGCGGGGCCCUGCUUGGAGACCGCUGGAUCCUCACGGCAGCCCACACCAUCUACCCCAAGGAACACAACAAAGAAAACAACGUCAACGUCAGUAAAGAUGUUUUCCUGGGCCACACAAACGUGGAAGAGAUCAAAAAACUGGGACAUCACCCUGUCCGUCGGGUCAUCAUACACCCAGACUACCGCCAAGAUGAGCCUAACAAUUUUGAAGGAGACAUUGCCCUACUGGAGCUGGAAAACAGUGUCACACUGGGUCCCAACCUCCUCCCCAUCUGUCUCCCAGACAAUGAGACCUUCUAUGACAAAGACCUUAUGGGUUAUGUCAGCGGCUUCGGGAUAACAGAAGAUAAAAUAGCUUUUAAUCUCAGGUUUGUCCGUCUGCCCAUAGCCGAUCGAGAGGCAUGCCAGAGGUGGCUCCGGACGAAAAACAGUAAUGAUGUAUUUUCUCAAAAUAUGUUCUGUUCUGGGGACCCAACUCUCAAGCAUGACGCCUGCCAGGGGGACAGUGGGGGUGUUUUUGCAGUCAGGGACCGCAGUCGUGAUAUCUGGGUGGCUACAGGCAUCGUAUCCUGGGGCAUUGGGUGUGGUGAGGGAUACGGCUUUUACACCAAGUUACUGAAUUAUGUUGACUGGAUCAAGAAAGAGAUUGGAGAUGAAAACUGAAGCCAGCAUUCACUGGGUUAGAAUCCAGUGUGUAGUAUAUUAAAAAAAAAAGUAUCUAACCAAUUUUUGAUAAGCACUACGUUUCUCAUAUUAAAAUCACGGAGGCAGACAGUGUAUAGAAUAAAUUCUCUUUUCUAUAAUCUCAUCAGCAUUCUGGCGUCUUGUUUUCAACAUAGUUUGACUAUGUGGCCCAGGCUGCCCUAGAAUAUACAGUCCUCCUGCUUGAGGCUCAGGGUUAGAGCUAACAAUGUUAGGUUGGAGGAUUGCUUCCCAGCUAAGAGUGUGGACUGUCGGCUAGGCAGUGCUGGCACAGGCCUUUAAUCCCAGCACUCUGGAAGCUGAGAGGUAGGUGGGUGGGUCUCAGUGAGUUCGAGGCCAGCCUGUUCUAUAGAGUGAGUUCCAGAACAGCCAGAAGUACACGGAAAAAACAUGUCCUGAAAAACAAUAAAUAAAUAAAUAAAUAAAUAAAUAAAUAAAUAAAUAAAUAAAUAAA